GGCAACUUAGAUGAGAGCAGCUGCAAACAAGGAAAACAGAGGAAAAGGAGGGAGAGAAAGAGACAGAAUGAAAUAGAGAUAUAACAGGGAAGACGAGAGAAAGAAAAUUCCCACAGUGCCACAGUGGAUCCUGUAAACAGACAUGAAUAAUCGCUCUAUCGCCUGGUGGCUGAGACAGAUCGGCCUGCCCCAAUACAUCAAGACACUAGAGAGUGAAUACUAUGGUUUGGAGGGUUUGCUGAAUGUAACCGAUGUAGAGCUGAAGGAUGCCGGGAUAGAAGAUGCAACACACAGAGAAACCAUCCUCAAUCAGCUUUCAAAACACCGGCAGAGACUGGACCCACAUUCUGCUUCAUUUUUACCGGACAGACCUGAGAGUGGUGUGCAGGUUGUGAAGCGCAGAUUGAGCCGAAAGUACUCCCUGGGAUCGUCUAUGGAUCUGGAGAAGCCAAAGGAUCUGUUUCGUCAGAGCGUCCUUCCCCGCCUCCAGCGUGCUGACAAAAGACAUCGCCUGUCCGCCUCCUGCGGGCAGCUCCGCCCCUUGAACGAAGACAACACGAUCGGUCAGGAUAGCUGUCAGGACAAACGCAGCAAGAGGAGGAGCAUCAGCGCAUACCUCAGCCAGCUGAAGGUGUUUGGUGGUCGGAGAGAGAUGGACUCGCUGAAGAAGGAGCUGGAAGAGGAGCUGAAGCUCAGCACUGAGGACCCAAGGAGCCAUGCAUGGUACCACGGACCGCUGAGCCGAGAGGCUGCAGAGACUCUGUUUGAGAGGGACGGAGACUUCCUGGUCCGAGACUCAAGCUCCUCCCCCGGUGACUACGUUUUGAGCUGCUUUUGGAAGGACGGCCCCCUGCACUUUAAGAUCAUACGAGUGGUCCUUCGUCCCAAACAGGGCUACUCUCGGGAGCUGUUCCAAUUUGAGGAGGAUCGCUUUGACAAUGUUCCCGCUCUGAUCCGAUUCUACGUGGGCGGACGUCGGCCCAUCUCCCAGGCUUCAGGCGCCGUGAUCUUUCACCCGAUCACACGGACCCUUCCUCUGCGUGUCAUCGGUGAACAGCAUGCGGAGCCCACCAGCAGCAGCUGUAGAGGUGCAGAGGGAGUACAAGUGACCGGACACAACAAGAGACGCAGCUUCAGCUCCAACCACACUGACACACUGCAGGUCAUCAAUCCACUGCUAAGGAGUGGAAGUCAGCCUGCUAACUUGGAGAAUGUGGGACGGAGGCCUUCACUUCAGUCAGCACAGUCUGACAGCAACCUAAGAACUGGUGUUCCACAGAACCCUCCAUCAGAGGACACUGGCCCCGCCCCCAUCUCCCCGGUGUUUCGCACAGGCAGCGAACCCCUGUUGAGCCCACGGCCACGACACGCACGCCCUCCCCAUCCCGGUGGUGGUGUAACCUUGCGAGGUUCAGAUGGGCAGCUGCACUCCAAAGCUCCUCCUAAGCCUCUCAGGGUCUCUGCUGUUUUCCCCAACGCUACGCCUCCCCCACCCACAGACUCAGAUGAAGACCCCUCGUCUUUCUAUGAUGAGCUGGUCAUCCAGCUGCCUCAGUCCCGGAGGAAGGGUCAUGUGGACCGGCUGCGUGCGGAGGAGAAGUGGCAGAGCCGUGCCCGCCUCACAGAGACUUCCUUUGGAUUUUUGGAGGCUCAGAAGAGCGAAGCAUCAUCACAGCUGCCGUUUGACAAAGAGCUCCAGAGGAAGGCAGCAGAGGAAGUGGAGGACUGGCAUUUUGAACGGCCACAUAUGGAGUCAGGGUCGUGUUUCCAGCUGGAUCAGUUUGAGUCGCUGCUCUUGCCCGAGAACAACCGACCUCUGGAGCCCAGCGUCCUGCUUGCAGUCAAAGAGGUCUUCAACCGCUCAGACGCCAACACCACCGCUCUGCACAUGCUCAGUGUCGACUGCCAGGUAGCGCGCAUCGUCGGGGUGACUGAUGAGCAGAAGAGGCUCAUGGGAGUUGACUCGGGGCUGGAGCUUGUCACUCUGCCACAUGGACACCAGUUACGAGAGGAUUUGCUAGAGAGGCAUCAUCUAAUAGCACUGGGGGUCGCAGUAGACAUUCUGGGCUGCACAGGGACAGUGAGCCAGAGAGCAACAGUUUUACACAAAAUAAUCGUAUUGGCUCAGGCCCUGAAAGAACACGCCCACGACCUCUACUCCUUCUCAGCCGUGAUGAAGGCUCUGGAGAUGCCUCAGAUUGUGCGACUGGAGAUGACGUGGCGAGCGCUGAGGAGGAACCACACAGAGAGUGCAGUGUUAUUUGAGAAGAAACUCAAACCCUUCAUGAACUCUCUGAAUGAGGGAGAUGAUUCUGUCGUCCAGGGUCCCAUAGCCAUGCCACACCUGGUUCCUCUGCUGAUGCUGAUGGAGGGUGAAGACCCAGUGGAGAACAGUGAGCGGGGCUGUCAGCUCCUCUACGAUGUCCUCCAAUCAGCUCGCAGCGCUGCGUUGCACGCCAAAGAUUAUCAGCAGCACGCACGCUCUCUGCUUACAGGAGGCUGGGAGCCAGUCCCCGAGCUGCUGGAGGCUUUCCGGACAGAGUUUGCCCUGCGGCUGUUCUGGGGUCAGCUGGGGGCAGUGGCAGAGAGACAGGAGCGAUAUGAGAAGUUUGACAAGAUUCUUUGUGUCCUCUCAGAUAAACUGGAACCGGUGGAGAUCACCCCACAACACCCUGACGCUCUAAGCUGAGCCUCAGGGCCCGUUUCAGUAAGUGGAAGGUGAAGCCAGCACCUUCUUCACGAGAGGAAAAUAGAGCAAAGAUGACAGAAUGAUGUUUUUAGACGAGCCUCGUGUGUCGUAGUAAAGGAAGAGAUCUCAGCCAUGAGAUCAGACACACACAGUGACUGUAUGUUGAGCUUGGCAAGCAACAACUUGAUAUAACUUGUAAAUAAAAUGAAUUCUAAAUGGAAUGUGUGGGCAGACCUUCACUGUGAAAUGGGCUGCUUUGGAAGCAUUUUCCUUUUUCAGGAAGAUUAAAAUUGUUUACCAAAAAACUAGAAUCUAUUUACAUCACAAAAUGUUCACUCAGUGUUUUAGCAAUUCAAACCACUUGUUUGAUACUUGAGAUUCCAAUGGACCAGCAUUAUUAAACAUUAGUCAAAUGGAGCUCUUAGCCUAAAGCUCUUCAUCUUUGAACUGCUGUUGUAGUGAACCACACUGGAAACUGUUUUUCAUUUCAGAGUUUGUAAUGCAAUAAAUAGUGUUCAGUUUG